CGCAAACCAAUCAGAUGAGAACAGCACAAGACGUGGAGAAAACAGUCAACGCCUCCUCUGCAACGGCUACGGAAAUAGGCGAGAAGAAACUGAUAGCGUCUCGCCUCACCGUCCGUCAGCAUCAUGUCUCGUGCAUGUCUACUGUUUGCCUUGAGCAUUUGUGUUGGUACAGGAUGUGCUGUGGAAGUAACAAGGCCUCGUGGAGUUCCACUGACAAAGAGGCAGUUCUAUGAGGAGAACAAGCCAUUCACCUGUCUGGAUGGCUCUCGCACCAUUCCUUUCGACCGUGUAAAUGACGACUAUUGCGACUGCAAGGAUGGAUCUGAUGAACCAGGCACGGCCGCUUGUCCCAAUGGAAUGUUCCAUUGCACCAAUGCUGGAUUCAAGCCCAGCUUCAUUCCGUCCUCUCGCAUUAACGAUGGCGUCUGCGAUUGCUGUGACACAACUGAUGAGUACAACAGCGGUGCCGCAUGCCAAAACACCUGCAGGGAGCUGGGGCGUCAGGAGAGGGAGCUCCUCCAGAAGCAGGCUGAGAUCGCUCAGGAGGGAUUCCGCCUCAAGCAGCAGCUGAUCCAGGAGGCCAAGAGGCAGCAGGAGGACAAACAGGGAAAGAUCACAGAGCUGCAAACCAACCGGAAGAGCAUGGAGGAGAAAGUGGAGUCGUUGAGGACGGUGAAGGAAGUGGCAGAGCAGCCUGAGAAAGAAGCUAAAGAGCGCCACCACAAGGCCUGGGAAGAGCAAAAGGCAAUUCUCAGUGCUGAGAAGGACAAAGCCAAGAUGGCAGAGGCAUUUUUGGAACUGGAUGAUGAUGCAGAUGGCUAUGUGUCUGUAGCAGAGCUGCAGUCUCAUCCUGAGCUCAACCCAGACUCUGACGAGGCAUUCACCGAGGCUGAAGCACAGGGUUUACUAGGAGGAGUGGACAAAGUGGACACCUCUUCCUUUGAGUCUGUAGCAUGGGGCAACAUAAAGGCGAAAUAUGUAUCAGAGGCCCAGGCUGACUCGGGCGCGGCCCCCACCCAGCCCCCAGCGGAGGAGAGCCGGCCCCCUGUCCCCGCCCACGAUGGCGAGUACCCCGAGGAGGAGCCCGAUGACGAUGACAACGAUGACGAUGAUGAGGACGAGGAAGACUACAAUGAGGAUGACGAUGACAAGCCCCCUCCCUCUGUGCGCACACCAGAGAAGAACGAGCAGGACGAGGAGGCCAUGCCACCGUACGAUUACGAGACCCAGAACCUCAUCGAUGCUGCUCAGAAGACGCGCGAUGACUUUGAUGAGGCGGAGAGAGCCCUACGGGAAGUGGACGAUCAAAUCAAGGCCAUUGAGAAAGAGCUGUCGUUUGAUUUCGGCCCAUCUGGGGAGUUCACCUACCUCUACAAUCAGUGCUAUGAGCUGAGCACCAGCGAAUAUAUCUACAAACUUUGCCCCUUUAAUCGAGUCUCACAGAAGCCCAAGUAUGGAGGAUCUGAGACCAAUCUUGGGUCGUGGGGUACCUGGGCGGGUCCUGAGGACAAUAAGCACCUGGUGAUGAAGUAUGAGCACGGCACAGGCUGCUGGCAGGGCCCCAACCGCUCCACCACCGUAAAGAUGACGUGUGGCAAGGAGACGGUGGUGGUGUCCACAUCUGAGCCGAGUCGCUGUGAGUACCUGAUGGAGUUCAUCACCCCCGCCGUGUGCCAGUCGCCGGAGAGCCUGGGCAGCCUGGACAGCGGGGCACACACGGAGCUCUAGUCUACAGCACACGCCGCCCCCUAGAGAUUACUUCUGUGCUGGGGACGCCCAUCUCCCCCAUCCCAUCGGGCGCUUGUGCUUGGACCUUCUGACACCCAAAUGUGCUUUGGGACCCUGCUCUGUGUCCCUGCACAAUGCACCACCUCAAAGUUCUGGGCCCCUAUUGUGAAUCCACUGUGCAUCACAAUCAUUGUCGCACUGCUUUUUACAUUCCAAUUCUCUUAGAAUUAUGAAAUAAAGUCCAUUUUAAUGUGUCCCUCAAA